AUGAAGGGCGAAACCGCGGAAAAACUGAGCCGCGUUUAUCACGCCGUAACGUACGCCGUGAACGCGCAAGAAAGCAUCGGGCGGCCGAUUGAAUCGCACGGGAUGGACCUAUUUAAUCACUUGGUCGUUGAACUUUUCGAUGCGCGCACUAGGCUCGAGUGGGAAUCAUCCACGAGCGAUUCAUUCGAGACAUUAUUGAACUUCAUCACUAAGCGAAUGCUCACGCUUAACGCCGCGAAACCGAAAACCGUCAAGAUCUCCAGAGACUCACCGAAGCCCGCGAAAACUCACUUCACUAGACACGAAUCCAACGCGGCACAGUGCGCCUUGUGCAAAGAGCGACACGCGCUCAUGGUGUGCGGGCAGUUCAAAGCGAAGCCCGUCAACGAACGUCGAUCCUUCGUCGAAGCGCAUCGACUGUGCUACAACUGCCUCGGCAGUCAUCCGGUUGCGAGGAGUCAAUCAACUAGGAAUUGCUGGUCUUGCAAGGGGCAACAUCACUCGAUGUUGCACGAUGCGUACGCGACCUCGAAGACUAUCGAUGCAACGGCUCUCUCCGCAAUUAAACAGAGCGAUGACCGCAAAGCGAUUCUUCUCGCGACCGCGCGCGUUCUCGUCGCUGACCGCUACGGAGAGCCUCAUUCCGUUCGCGUCUUAAUCGACCAGGGAUCCGAGGUAUCCAUCGUCACCGAAUCGCUGGUGCAACGCCUACGCCUCCAAGGAAAUCACUCUUCCGUGACGAUCUUCGGGAUCGGCGGAUCGCUGUUCGGUGCUUCGCGCGGCAAGGUAGCGCUCGAAGUCACGUCAAGAGUGACCGGAGAUAUGUGCUCCGUUGUCGCCUUCGUGCUUCCGCGCCUCUCCUCGUAUCGGAGUUCUACGACGAAACAUCGCAAAGGCUGGCCACAUCUCCAGGGACUGCCGUUAGCCGACCCGGAAUACAUGGCCACCGACCCCGUCGAACUGCUUCUCGGAGCAAAGAUCUGCUCGUCGAUCUUCAAAGAUGGACUCCGCAAGGGUGGACCGCAAGCUCCCAUGGCACAGAACACCAUCUUGGGAUGGAUUCUGUCGGGAGGAUGCAGUGUUGCGACGCUGCAUGGUCACCUUAACUCACUCCAGUGCACCGCAGACCACGACCUCACAACAAUGGUCCGCCGCUUUUGGGAGCAAGAGGAAGUGCCGCUCGCUCCCACCGUUCUCGCACCCGAGGAAGAAAAGUGCGAGAAUUUCUUCGCGCAAACGCACACACGCACGAGUGAUGGACGGUACGUCGUUCGGCUGCCGUUCGCCACUACCCCAGGGAACCUCGAAGAAACUCGCAAACCAGCCGAGAGACUGCUGACCGCCAUAAAGCGGAAAGGCAGCCGGGUCUUCAUUCGGCGACUUAUACCGCUCGUUCAUGCUGGAGUACGAGCACCUGAAACACAUGAGCGAAAUCAGCAAAGAGUCAACCGCAAACGUCAAGGGCAACAGGAUCUGCUACCUACCACAUCACGGAGUGUUGCGUGA